AUUAUUGCAUACGUAUCGUAAUCAGCAGCUUCUCGUCUAGUAUCUUUGUGUUUUCGCGAAGUCCCGAAAUUGUAAUCCGCGUUCUCUAUAAGCAUAUUGUCGAAACCCUAGCCGUAGAAGUAGCUCUGCGUCUCCUUCAUUGAUUACGGUUUUCGUCGCAUUUAUUCUCCCUGAAUCACUACUUAAAGUGGUUAUCGCAUCUUUCACGACUGACUUGCAUACUCUGUCAGAUGGCGGCUAAACCUCUUACAACUGAGGCAAUUGCUCUUACAGAGAAGAAAAUGGACAUGGCAUUAGAAGACAUUAUCAAGAUGUCCAAAAACACUAAAACUAAGCCUAAAAAGCAGCAGAGGGUUCUGAACAAGAGUCAGAAAUCUUCAAAUACACUUGCUCAAGAUAAAUUCAUGAAGGUGAAACGUUUAGUGGACACAAGAUCCUCACUUAGACAGGGUGUCUUAGCUCAGAGAAGAUCAAAUUUCCAGCAGAACCAUUUUCCUUUGGCAACUGACGUUGCACGAAAGGCUCCAGCUGCUCCACUUCGUAAUAGAGCUUUCAGAAGUUACAAAGCGGCUAAUUGGAACAAAUCAAGGGAUGGUGUUCCUCCGAGGAGAGGUGCAAAUGGAGGCUCUUAUGCAAAGUCACAGCUGCUGCCGCAGAAGGGAAAUGCAGUGCCCAAGCAUAGGUCUCAAACUCUGGACUCACUGUUUGCAAAUAUGAAGGAGCAAAGGAUGAGGAUAUUGUCACGGCAGAACAAUGCUGAACAACAACACAGCAGUGGUGGCGUACGAAGACCACCAUGGGCAAGAGGCAGAGUGGGCAACUAAUUCGAACUAGUGCCAUCUGGAACGGAUAUCUUGGCAUGAGUAGGGGUGGUUGUGUUAACCGGAUCUGACUGCAAACGCAAGUUGGAAUAGCCAAGAGUUGCCGAAUGCAGAAUCUAAGGCCUUUCUCCUUUUUAAAUUUGUUUUACUGCCUUUUUCGUUGACAAUGGAUGAUUUUGUAAUUCCUUAUUUCCUUUCGCUUGAAUUUCACUGGCAAUGUAAUGCACUUUAUUACGGAUUGUUUAGGCUAA